AUGUCCAUAGAAGAAACGACUUCAACUGGAGCGACACCCCCACCCUCAUACACCAACAAGGAAUCACCGUUGACAGAUAUCGCAACAUCACCACCUCCCUUCUCGCUACCCCUAGACGAGGAUAUCGAAGAGCAAUUGGAAGAAUCUGUGAAGAACGGUGGAGCUACCAGUAGCAACAACAACAAUAGCAACGACGAUAGCUCUGAAUUGAGUGAUCUAGGCGACGAAGAUUCCGAAGCUGAAACCGAUAAGAUGGACUUUCUAGAAGAUGAGGGAAACUCGAGUUUGGAUCACACGUCACUGGACUUACAUGCCUUGUCCAAGCUCACGGAAUUGGCACAAUUGAAGGAGAUAGACGAUGACUUAGACGACGAGGGCAAACCCGAGAACUUCAAUAUUGGAAAAGGAGAGAGCGACGAAGAAGCUGAUCGUGAAAGGGAGGACGAUGACGAUGACGAUGAGGAGGUGAAAAAAGAGAAUGGAAAUGGAAGCGCCAAUGGAAGGAAGAGGACGAUAGACGAGUCCGAAGUUGGACAGUGGAAGAAGCAAAAGCCAGAGGACAUUGAUCUGGAAUCAAUAGACGUGGACGUGAAGGAGGAAGAUCCAAGUUCCAAGGAGGAGGAACAUGAAACAGACAAGCCCGCCAUUGAGAAUAACGAAAUACACGCUGCGGGUGAGGAUGAAGACCAAGAUAUAGCAGAUGCUGGCGCCAAGAAGGACGGCAAAAAGGAGGAACAGGACGUGGAAAGUUCCGAGCAAACAGAUUUGAAAGUGGAAACUUCCGACAAGGAGUCGGAUGCGGACGAAGAAGGAGAAGGAGCCAAGGAGAGUUCCAUGGCAGCUCUUGUGACUGCAGACGAAGAUUUAGAAGCUGCAGAUGCUGAGGUAGAAGCAGAGGCAGCCGCAGAAGAGGAAGCUGAACUAGAGGCUGAGGCUGAAGCAGAGGUCGAGGACGAGGAUGAAGACGAUGUGGAUGACACUGAAGACACAGAGAACGCUGGUAAGCGAAAUAGGAAGCUAGAGAAGGAAGACGGUGCCAAUUCACCAGGGGCCGAGAGCGACGAAGAAGAUAACGACGAGGUGGACAUGAACGAGCAGAGGAAGCUAGCAAUCAAGGAAUUGGUAUCUGUGGAGACAGACUUUGCCAAUCUUAGAGACAAGCUAUACCAUGACAAGUUGCAAUUGCUUGAGCAUGAACUCAAGCUUUGCCUCGAAGGAUCGCACCCUGAGCUCUCCAAGAUUUACUACAAGGUCAAUGGAUUCUACCAGGAUAGCUUGAAGUAUGCCAACUCAAACUUGAACUAUAAGUUAAGGUGUAUUGACAGGCAGACGAUAGCUACCAGGACCGCUAUACACCAGGACUUCCUCAAGAGUAUCAUGGACUACAAGAAUGAAAUGAUUUCCAACACCACUUCAUUAUGGUACAAGAUAAAUAAGGAGCGCAACCAAAUGGACCAGCUAGUACCAGAGUACAACUUCUCUGCUAUACCACAGGUGUCCGCCCCCGUCACCGCAAACGGCACGAUAGGGAACGAUGAGGACUCAGAGAUAGCGCCAGUGAUACCAUUGCCGAAGAAGGUGAUAAGGCAAAGGACGUUGGUAGAUCUUGUUCAACGAAGAAAUGAUUUUAACCAUGAGGUUGGCAUUCAAGGUGGGUUAUUGGAGUUCCAUGGGUUUCCUUCAGCUAUUACGUCGAAGUUGGCUGAUUUGGGCCUGGACGAUGGUCCUGCAGUGGACGACAUCGAGGAGUUGAUAUUGAGGAAAGCAACUGAAGAAGAAAUACAGGACGACUUGAGGGGAAUGGGUAUUCUCACCUGA